CGCGCUUGCAGGGGGAAGGGGAGGCGCAUGCGCACCCCGCGUUAGUGAUGGAGGAGAGAAGAUGGCGGAAGCGGAAUUUAAGGAUCACAGUACGGCUAUGGAUAGCGAGCCAAGCUCUGGAACAUCUUCUGUGUCAACAACAGCCAGUAGCACCACCACCACCACCAUCACCACUUCCUCCUCUCGAAUGCAGCAACCGCAGAUCUCUGUCUACAGCGGUUCAGACCGACAUGCUGUUCAGGUAAUUCAACAGGCAUUGCAUCGCCCCCCCAGCUCGGCUGCUCAGUACCUCCAGCAGAUGUACGCGGCUCAGCAACAGCACUUGAUGCUGCACACGGCCGCUCUUCAGCAGCAGCAUCUAAGCAGCUCCCAGCUCCAGAGCCUUGCUGCUGUUCAGGCAAGUUUGUCCAGUGGAAGACCAUCUACAUCCCCCACAGGAAGUGUCACACAACAGUCAAGUAUGUCCCAGACAUCUAUCAACCUCUCUACUUCUCCUACACCUGCUCAGUUGAUGAAUCGCUCCCAGGCUUCCAGUUCUACUAGCGGCAGUAUUACUCAACAGACGAUGUUACUAGGGAGUACCUCUCCUACAUUAACAGCCAGCCAAGCUCAAAUGUAUCUCCGAGCUCAGAUGCUGAUUUUCACACCCGCUACCACUGUGGCUGCUGUGCAGUCUGACAUUCCUGUUGUCUCGUCGUCACCGUCACCUUCCUGUCAGUCUGCAGCUGCUCAGGUUCAGAAUUUAACAUUACGCAGCCAGAAGUUGGGUGUCUUGUCUAGCUCACAGAAUGGCCCACCAAAAAGCGCUGGUCCAACUCAGUCAUUGACAAUUUGCCAUAAUAAAACAACAGUGACCAGUUCUAAACUCAGCCAACGAGACCCUUCUCCAGAGAGCAAGAAGGGAGGAAGCCCGAGUCUGGACUCUCGAAGCACAGCAGUCACUCGGACAUCAAGCAUUCACCAGUUAAUAGCACCAGCGUCAUAUUCUCCAAUUCAGCCUCAUUCUCUAAUCAAACAUCAGCAGAUUCCUCUUCAUUCACCACCUCCUAAGGUUUCCCAUCAUCAGCUGAUUUUACAACAGCAACAACAGCAAAUUCAGCCAAUCACCCUUCAGAGUCCAACUCAAGAUCCGCCCCCAUCCCAGCACUGUAUCCCACUUCCAAACCAUGGCCUUUCUCCGGCUCCCAGUAAUGCCCAGUCACAGCAUUGCUCACCAAUCCAGAGCCAUCCCCCUCCUUUAACUGUGUCUCCUAAUCAGGCACAAUCUGCACAGCAGUCUGUAGUGGUGUCUCCUCCUCCACCUCAUUCCCCAAGUCAGUCUCCUACUAUAAUUAUCCAUCCACAAGCACUUAUCCAGCCACAUCCUCUUGUGUCUUCAGCUCUUCAGACAGGGCCAAAUUUGCAGCAGGCUGCUGCUGAUCAGGUACAACCCACAGCACAGCUGAAUCUUCCAUCCCAUCUUCCACUUCCAGCAUCCCCUGUUGUACACAUUGGCCCAGUCCAGCAGUCUGCCUUAGUGUCCCCUGCUCAGCAGAUUGUGUCUCCAACAUCACACCAGCAGUACUCAACCCUGCAGUCAUCUCCAAUUCCAAUCGCAACCCCUCCACAGAUGUCGACAUCUCCUCCAGCUCAGAUCCCACCACUGCCCUUGCAGUCUAUGCAGUCUUUACAAGUGCAGCCUGAAAUUCUAUCCCAGGGCCAGGUUUUGGUGCAGAAUGCUUUGGUGUCAGAAGAAGAGCUACCUGCUGCAGAAGCUCUGGUCCAGUUGCCAUUUCAGACUCUUCCUCCUCCCCAGACUGUUGCGGUAAAUCUCCAAGUACAGCCGCCAGCACCCGUUGAUCCUCCAGUGGGAAUGCAUUUGAACCAGUGUCAUCUGCACAAAGUUUUUUCUCUUAAGGUUUAUCAAGUAGAAGAUGUGUGCGAGGAGGAAAUGCCAGAGGAGUCAGAUGAAUGUGCCAGAAUGGACAGAACACCACCACCCCCGACUCUGUCUCCAGCAGCUGUGACCGUGGGGCGAGGAGAGGAUUUGACCUCUGAACAGCCUCUGUUAGAGCAAGUGGAGUUGCCUGCUGUGGCCUCAGUCAGUGCCUCAGUGAUUAAGUCUCCAUCCGACCCUGCUCAUGGCUCUGUUCCUCCACCGCCACUCUUAAUGCCAGCUGCUGCCACAAGGAGCACUAUCACGGCUAUGGCCAGCGGCACCCCCCACCUGGAAAACAAGCCUCCGCAGGCUAUUGUGAAGCCGCAGAUCUUGACCCACGUAAUCGAAGGUUUCGUGAUUCAGGAGGGAUUGGAGCCCUUUCCUGUAAGUCGUUCAUCUUUGCUGAUAGAACAACCUGUGAAAAAGAGGCCUCUUUUGGAUAAUCAGGUGGUAAAUUCUGUGUGUGUUCAGCCAGAGCUACAGAAUAACACAAAGCAUGCAGAUAACUCGUCUGACACAGAGAUGGAAGACAUGAUUGCUGAAGAGACAUUAGAAGAAAUGGAUAGUGAAUUGCUCAAGUGUGAGUUCUGUGGAAAAAUGGGAUAUCCUAAUGAAUUUUUACGGUCAAAACGGUUCUGUACUAUGUCAUGUGCCAAAAGGUACAACGUUAGCUGCUCUAAAAAAUUUGCACUUAGUCGUUGGAAUCGUAAGCCUGAUAAUCAGAGUCUUGGGCAUCGGGGCCGUCGUCCAAGUGGCCCUGAAGGGACAGCAAGAGAACAUAUCCUUAGGCAGCUUCCAAUUACUUAUCCAUCUGCAGAAGAAGACUUGGCUUCUCAUGAAGAUUCUGUGCCCUCUGCUGUGACAACUCGUCUGCGCAGGCAGAGUGAGCGGGAAAGAGAACGUGAGCUUCGAGAUGUGAGAAUUAGGAAAAUGCCUGAGAACAGUGACGUGCUCCCAGGGGCACAGACAGAGCCCUCUAUAUGGACGGUCGAUGAUGUCUGGGCCUUCAUUCAUUCUUUGCCUGGCUGCCAGGAUGUCGCGGAUGAGUUCAGGGCACAGGAGAUUGACGGACAGGCCCUGCUCUUGCUAAAAGAAGACCAUCUUAUGAGUGCAAUGAACAUCAAGCUGGGCCCAGCCCUGAAGAUCUGUGCACGCAUCAACUCUCUGAAGGACUCUUAACAGGAAGCCGAGGCUUUGAUGUAAUAUCAUUUUAUUCCUCUUAGUAGGUAAAGGUAGAGCCUCCUCUGGCUGAGAAUCUUCGACUGACGAUGGAAGGCCAAGCACAUUGGGACUGCCACUUCCAGUGCCCACAUUUCUCUCCAGAUACCAUAACUCAUCAUACACUUUCAGAAUUAGCCAACAUUGGUGAAGUUAAUUUUACCAGUUACAUACAGCACUGAAAGACUUGUUACAGAGGCCCAUAUUUUUCAAAGAAAUAUGUUAUACUAGAUAAUUUUUUAAAGGUAAUGUUUAUCAUUAAUAUAAAAGAAGCCUUUUAAAAAUAAUUACUGAUUUA